UCUCUCUCUCGUGUCUCUCUAUUCCACUCACGACUGCUGUCCUGCCUUUCGCACCUCUUCGACCACCCACGCGCCAGCUCUGCUGCUGCUGCUUCGACUGCCUCCCACUCGUGGGCCCAUUCCCUUGAACAUUCCUCGAUCCUGUUCUCCCGCCGCCGCCUUUCUCCCCAUCCACCCGAGCGACUUCGCGACGAAGCGACGAGACCCCAGCGAGGGAACUUCCGGCAGGCCGUCCUUUGUUGCGACCUGGCACCAUCAAUAGCCCGUGGCGCACACUUUUGGCUGGUCUGCACAGAGUUUUUGGGAAACAACACGAACCUGUUCGUAUCCUUCUUCGAGGACGCCAUCCAUCUGUUUGCCAAUACCCCUGCGCGAAGACUGCGCUGGUAGGACGACUCGAGAAACGCCCGUCGCGGAGGCUUCGCCGCAGACUGCUGGACACGCUUCCGCUUUCGUCGACUUCGGUGCCACACGCCUUUCCUUUGACUCAAAAUAGCUUUUCUGGGGCAGCUUCUGGGGCGUCUGCAUCUCUCUUUCUCUAUCUCUCUCUCUCUUGUCUAUCUCUAUCUCUCCCUAUCCAUCUUUCUCUCUCUCGGUCGAGCAGUCUUCUGGAAGCUGUGCGAGCACCCGUUGUCGCUUCAGCUUCUCACAGCAGCCCGUAUUUUUGGUAGCGCGCCUAGACACGGCCGGCUGGACGAUUCCAUUGGUCCUCCUCGAAGCGCCGCGAACAACGCCGCUCAGCUUCCUUCAAGAGUCGCCCACGCCUUGACAGGCGCGUCUGCAAGUCAGACUUCUCUUCACACUCCAUUACUGGCCGACACCCUGUCCUUAAUUGCGCGCGCCAAUAUGUGGUGAGAAGCAGUGCUGCUGAGUCGACUUCACCUUUUUCCAGGAUUCUUCAAACGUUCUCUACUAUCUAAUCCCCGCCGCUCAUUGCGUGGCAUUUGGCGCCGUAGAGAUCUGGUAUCUCGCCAGUAACAGUCCUUCCUGGCGAAGGCUAGCCGAUCCUUAACUGCCACUUGGCGCACCGAAUCAACGUACUUUGACCCACAGACAGCUCACAAGAAACCUCAUGGCCCUCGGUUUUGGCAGAAGCAAAAGAUGAAUAAACGUCCUCCACCAGAAGCCUCUGCCUUGGACCUGCGGCCAUCUAUCUUGUCUCCUCUUGGGCCGAUGACAAACAUGGACGAGCAAACCAAACAGCUGCCCCACCCUGCCUCUUCCGAGAAGCAUCCAGGCCUUCGAAAUUCACACGAGUAUGACGGAUUUGUAAGGAAGUUUCACUUUCACAACCUCAGUGAUUCAACCAACAACACGACUGGCUCGAAUGAAUCGUCACCUACCACCACAAUAUCCACAGUAGACGAUUCCAGCGCGACAGAACCCUCUCCUGGCUCGUCACCAGAAUCACCUCCUCCUACCACAUUUACCGUCGGCAUGCUGCGACCGCGAACCGCCGACGAGCGGGUUGCGCCAUUCUUCGAGCUGCAGAAACAGCCACCUCCGAGAAAGGGUCGCAAUCUGAAGAACCUCGCCGUGGUAACGUCGAGGAACUCCUCCAAGGCCGCAUCGACGGCCAGCCUACCAUUGCAGAUGCAAACAGACGCAACAGCAACGACUAUACUGUCGCCAGCGUUCGUCAAACCGCCAACGCCGCCCCGGCGGAAGCCGAGCAAUCUUGGUCUCACAUUAUUGACGCCUGGAGGAAGCAAGCCAGUGCCUCAGCUCACGAUACCUCCCACGCCAGGAUUCGCACGACCUGGCACUCUGCGCCACUUUCAAUCGUCUCCUUCGUUGCCUUUGGUGCCUGGAUUUACGCUGGCACAAACCAGCUCGAUGGACUACUCGAGGCCGCGUGCCUUGGAGACCAUCUUUUCUCCCGUGGGAGCGCCCUCACAUUCUCCUCCCAUCGCGGAAGCCGAAGAGGAGGAAGAACAAAAUUUCGAUAUACCUCUGUCGCGUGAAGAGAAGCCCGAAGCGUAUCCGGAUGGGCCCAUUUGCGUGUACGAACCUCACAUUGAUCUAUACCUGGAGCCCACUGCUGAUCAAGCGCGACAAUACGACGUGGUAAUGAAUGUCGCAAGCGAAGUCCGGAAUCCCCUACUCAGUAAUUCAGGGCCGGUGCUUGCGGAACCAGAGGUGCGGAUAGAUGGUGGCGGUGGUAUACAGUUCAAACCCAAACAGGACCGGGAUCACCUGAUGGUGCGCAAACCAAGCGCGCCGGGCCCUGCCAGCCAGGAUGCUUCGCCGACAACACCAAAGGCUUCACCGCUCAAAGUCACACCCUCAGUGGGGGCUCGAACCCCACGGGAGCCCGAAUACAUACACGUCAAGUGGGAACACAACAGUGACAUUGUUCCAGAUCUCUUGCGACUGUGCAAGUUGAUUGACGAGCGAGUAAGCGAAAGCAAGCGAGUCCUUGUACACUGCCAAUGCGGUGUCUCUCGCUCCGCGAGCUUGGUCGUCGCAUACGGUCUUUAUAAGAAUCCAACAAUGAGCGUACAGGAAGCCUAUGAUGCCAUAAAAAAGCGGAGCAAAUGGAUCGGACCCAACAUGAACCUAAUCAUGCAGUUGCAAGAGUUCCGUUCCAGUCUAGCUCGAGGCGGACUGUUAACAGCUAGGAGUACACUCAGUCCUAUCACCCCUGGCUCGGCUUUGAGCGAGUGGCAUGGUCCUUUCACAUCAAACUCCAUCGCUAUGAGAGACGAGCUUCCGUCCGCGAUCGAGCCCGCUUCAGAAAACGGAUCUGUCCAUGGUCGCGAGUCAGUAGGACCAGGUCUAUCGUCGCCUUCUGGGUUUGCAUGGCCUGUGCCCGACCAGGGCGCGGCAAUCAAGGGUGGCAAUCACAUCAGGAGUAUCGUCCCCGCAGGGCCUUUUGUUGACCCAUCUGGACAUGUGGUGCCCGUGCUGCCGCUUCUCAAAGUUGUCGCAUCGCCAGAGUCCAUGCCAGCGGGGCCUGUGCGGCAAUUGUCGACGCCCGGGAACUUGCCCACAACUGGAAGCCUUGCAGAAUCAUGUACUUCGCCACGGUCCACAGAAUUUGCAAUGGCACCGAUCCGUCCCUCGCCGGAUGUCGAUCCUUCAGAUGAGUUCGGAAUCCUGUCUCCGACGUCAACGGAGUGUGUAUCGAAAGGAUUCGAUCGGUCUGCGCUGUUGGCAUCUCUCGGAAUGGGCUCCAUGCGUGGAGACCAGGAAACCCCUGGUGCAUCGUUACCGUUGCAGCAGCGCGAUCAACACCACGCUUUACAACAGAGUGGAGCGGGAAGCACCAGCCUGGAACCCGGUAACAGACUUCGAGGCAAGAUCUCUUCUCCUUCUCUACGCGAGGAGCAACAGCUGCGCAACUUGCAGGCCAAGAUCCAAGCAGACUUGCUGAUACGAGAGAGUCCACCUACUGUGGUGCCAUCAUAUGAUGCGGCCAAUGCACUAAUGUCUCCACGAGCAACGCAUUUCACCGAGAACCCAUUCGCGAUGACAACGACGGAUUCGUCGUCGAGCAUACCUGAGCCAGGGGAAAGCUCGAGGCCUACGGUGCAGGAUCCUCGAAGUCCUGCACACAAGGGCGCAAGCCCUAUUAUUCGAAACAUUUUUGAUGCUUUAUGACGACCACAGAAAGUGUACUAGAUGACCGCCGGAGGACCAGCGGAAUCUCUUGACUGAAAGUUUGCGCAACGCUAUUGAUUGAGCAUGGCGUUGGUACUCUUUUUGCUUUGGAGGAUACAUGGGGCGGAGUUUGUCGAUUGGGGGAAAGCACGCAGCCACACCCAGUUGCGAUUGGGAAAGAAGUUGGCAUAAGUCGGGCACUUUACGGAAGCGUACGAUUGAUGCCUGUGGAUAAGGGGGAGGAAGGGAGGAAGGCGGGCAUGGGAGGAGGACAGCAGGGAAAUGGUAUGGGAUGGAACAGGUGAAAAGGUACUUCCCAGGAGACUUUGGACUGGAGUAGCUCUUGUACGAUAUAAGUGCAUCAAUGAAGUGCAACGUGCAAAGA